GACAGGCAGAGAGAGUGUGAGGUUUGACGGCAACUUCGCACAGAGACAGAGAGGAAGAAAAAACAGAGCGUGAGAGAUACACAGUGUGCGAUUUGCUGGUUUGUUCAGUCUUCGAUCUUCUUCUCCCCUUCUCUAACAUCCCCGCUUCUCUGAAUCCCUUUCUGUGAAUCAUCUGUCUUUCAAAAGAGAACCAGGAAGUUCUGGUUUUUGGGUUUUGUUUUUCUUCCCCGAGAGAGAGUUAAAAAAAGCAAAACUUGGAAUCUGAGGAUUUCUCGAAAGCCAGGUGUUUUCAGAAUCGAGAUCCAGAAACGAUCCUUUUGUAAUUUUUUCCUUUGCUAGAUCGGUUGUUUUGUUGCUAUUGGUCUCUUCUUCUUGCCUUUUUCUCUUUUGUUUCUUCAGCUGAAUCAGCCCAGAGGGUGAUUUUUGGUCCCUCGAAGGUGGAUCUUGAAUUUAAGCUUUCUGGAGUGAAGGGGUUGUGUAUUAAAGACCUCUUUCGUCCAUAUCUGUUUGACAAAAUCGCUUCUUUUGUUUGCUUUUCUGCAAAACAAGAAAAAUCUUCAGCCUGUGCUUUGAUUUUGGUAAGUUGCAGGUUACAAAAAAAAAAAAAAAGGAUCUUUUGUUCUUCCCAUUCCGUCUUAGCAGUCCAGAUCUGAGUUUAAUUUGCCGGUUCAUGCGAUAGACAUUUAUGGCAGCGAUCAUGGAUUUCUGCAGUAGCAGCACGGCAACAGCUCUUGAAUCAGAGUCCUUCGACACUGGUGGCAAUGAGCUGAUGGAAGCACUCAGCCCUUUUAUCAAGAGUGCUUCACCCUCAACCCCUCCUUCAUUUUCUUCUCCUUCCUGCAAUUACUUCUCUUUCUCGAUGCCAUCCUCCUCACUUUCCCAGCCCAUGUCGUACCCGGACCACCCUUGCUCCACCGCCUCCACCCAGCUAUUUCCCAACGGGUUCUCGGUGCAGCAGUCGGGUUCGACGGGGCUCAACCUCAACUGCCCGUCCCAAAUACCCCAGAUGGGUCAGAUCAUCCAACCUCAAGCCCACCUUCAAGAUUCUUCUUCUUUUCCGGCUUCUUAUUAUCAGUAUCAGUAUCAGUAUCAGCAGCAGCAACAUCAUCACGGUGGUGCCGGGUUUCUCGGGCCGAAGGCCGUGCCGAUGAAGCAGGCGGGUCUGGUCCAGAAGCCCGCGAAGCUGUACAGGGGAGUGAGGCAGAGGCACUGGGGCAAGUGGGUCGCCGAGAUCCGGCUGCCCAAGGACCGCACCCGCCUCUGGCUCGGCACCUUCGAAACGGCCGAGGAGGCCGCCCUCGCCUACGACAAGGCGGCCUACAGGCUGAGGGGCGACUUCGCGCGGCUCAACUUCCCCCACCUCAAGCACAAGGGGUCUCACAUCGAGGGCGACUUCGGCGACUACAAGCCGCUACACUCCUCCGUCGACGCCAAGCUCCAAGCCAUCUGCCAGAGCAUGGCCGAGAAGCCGGCCGACGGCAAGAAGAGGCGGUCGGGCCCCGCCUGCGCUGCCUCGCCGCAGCGGGCGGAGGUGAAGGCGGAGGUGGCAGCGUCGACGGCGACGUCGUCGCCGGAGAGCGACGAUGCGUCGGUGGAGGAGUCGUCGCCGCUGUCGGAGCUGACGUUCAACGACUUUGUGGAGCCGCAGUGGGAGAGCAUGGGGGUGCCCGAGAACUUCUCCUUGCAGAAGUACCCAUCCGAGAUCGAUUGGGCUGCUAUCUAUUCGUGAAGUCUUCAGUUGUCACCAUCAUAUCGUGUCACGUCCAUUCGGCUC